UUUGUUUUCGCCUUGUGUCACAGGUCCUAAUACCGAGUCUAGACCCAGAAGGCUCGGAAGUCUUCGAAUCAGCUUGGGGCCAAAGCCGAGCCGCAGAACCUGUCUGCUUUAACGGGGUGGUAUUAUCUGGCUUUGGCAUCAGGGCAGAAGUCGCAUGUAAAGGAGUGGAAAUUGGAGGGCAGUCUCCGAAGUAAUUGAGUUUUUCCAGCUAAGCUGAGAUAGCUGAGAUGUGAAUUCGACAGAGCCCACUUUUGAGAUUAUCACCAUGAGAUAUAUAAGAUCUCAGAAUUCAGCAACAGUGUUAAUGGGGAGGCCAAAGAAACACAAUCCAUUUUUUUUAGGAGAUGAAAGCAUGGAAAUUAAAAAACAAAUUACAGGGAUGAGAAGAUUACUGAAUGACAGCACUGGGAGGAUAUAUCAGCGUGUUGGUAAAGAAGGAGAAAAAUUAAAAGAAGAGCCCCAAGAUUUGGAUCUAAUUUGGCCUCAGCGUUUGAACUCCUCUGUGGAGGCACAGAGCCUUCCCCCUUCUUCACGUGCAUGGAAUGAGCUACCACCCCAAAGUGAGCAGUUCUCAGGGCAGUAUGGUACCCGCUCUAGAACCUUCCAGAGUCAGCCACACACCACUGCAAGCUCCAACGGCGCAUGUCAUUCUUUUCUCUCAUGCUCAGGAGAAUUUCCAAUGGCAAAUUCGUCAGUUGGAUCAAACUGCUGUACUUGUAACUGCCAGUCAACGUUGCAGGCCAUUCUCCAAGAGCUCAAGACCAUGCGGAAAUUAAUGCAGAUCCAAGCAGUUGGAACUCAAAACAGACAACAACCCCCAAUUUCCCUUAUAUGCUCCCAGCGAACUGCUGUCUCACGCAAGAGAAAUAAAAAGAAAAAAGUGCCCCCAAAGCCUGCAGAACCUGUUACUGUGAAGCAGAAGUCUGGUGUGGCAGAAAUGGAGAAGAAGCCAGCAGCAGGGGCCCCGGAGCAGUCCUCCGUGCAAGCCGCCACUGAGCGCUCCUACAGCGAGCAGAACCGCGUCCUGGGAUUCGGUAUUGUUAUCGAAUCGCCUUCCUCAGACCCAGAAGUGCAACUUGCUGAAGGCUUUGACGUGUUUAUGCCUAAAUCUCAGCUGGACUCUAUACUGUCAAACUAUACUCGCUCAGGAAGCCUUCUGUUUAGAAAACUGGUGUGUGCGUUUUUUGAUGACAAGACUUUGGCUAAUUCCUUACCCAAUGGGAAGAGGAAAAGAGGACUGAAUGACAACCGGAAAGGACUAGACCAGAAUAUUGUGGGUGCAAUAAAAGUCUUCACAGAAAAGUACUGUACUGUUAACCAUGUGGAUAAACUUCCUGGCCCAAGAGACUGGGUACAGAUUCUACAGGAUCAAAUUAAACUGGCCAGAAGAAGGUUGAAAAGAGGCUCAGCAGAGGUAGCGGACGCUGAUGAAAGACUGGACAGCGUUUCUCUGCCACCGACAGUCCGUCAUUGUGUGACUAUUGAGACAGGACAUAAAGGCCUUGUUCUCAUCACCUCACCUGAUCCCGGUAGGUGUAGGAAACUAAUAAGAUGUAACCGUGUCUCCGGGGCCUUGGGUGGAACAGGUGCUUUUGGGGCUGUGCCUCUCAGGGUGCCACCUCAGGGCCCUGGAAUCGAUACCACCUGUCUUCUCUGCCUUGUGACUCAGUGGACCUUUGUGUUAGUGUUUGAAAACCACACCCUUGAAAUAAUGCCUUUGCCUUUAAUUGACUGUGUUUGACUCUGCCUCCAGAGAUGUUUCAGAUGACAAAACAGUACAGGGGAUGCUAGAACAGCCUCAUGGAACUGAACAAACUGUCCAGGAAUCUGAGAAGGAGAAGGAACUUGAGAGACCAUCUAAUCCAAUCCCUUCGUUUUAUCCAGUCCUUUUAUUUUACAGGAAAAAAGCCUGAGGCCCAGAAACAUUAAAUGACUUUGCCAAGGUCUCGGCCGGUUGAUGGCCCAGCUAGAGCUCAGGCCCCUGGACUCCGGCCGUUGCACUGUAGAGCUCUCUCACACCUAAGCCAAAGCCACAUCCUUCUGCAUGUUCCUUACAGACGCUUGGAGAUGACGGAUGUGCUGACCCCCAGGGGCCCGUCCCGGUGUCCUGCAGUGCCCGCGGGUAUAAGAUGUGUGCCGCCAGUCUGCCCAAAGGCCCCUACAGUUGAAGCUCCUUGACUUAAGUGUUUUCUCAGAUUUGGCCCAGAACUGUGAGGUAUAAUUAAGAAAGUAGUAGAACACAUCUUCAGGUCUUUUCACUAGACUACUGAUAGAUAUUUAAUAAAAAUUACUAAACAGAGUGAUAGUAAGACUGUUUAUCGUUUUAGAAAAGGGAGAGAGAUGUCACAAGUUCAUGCUUAAAUUUGGCAGUAAUAAAGUGAACCAAUCUUCACAGUCUAGCAUGCCUCUUGGUCACCUCUCUAAAGUGAGACCCCCAGGCUAGCUGGUUUGAAGGCGGUACUCCUGCCAGUCCUGCUGGCCCACGCACCCUGACACGUCCUCCACGCGCGCAGCCUCCCCUCUGCAUGAGCAGCCUUGGCUUUCCGAGGAGAACCCUCCCUGUGCUGGGUCUGAGCCCGCCACAGCUGCCCUCUGGGAAGGUUCAUCGGCACCUUCAGUACCAUUUUCAGGCUUUUUUUCUCUUCCAAUUCUGCAUGUGUUGGGGAGAGGCAGGGAAGAGGUGGAAACCCUUAACUAUCGCUGUGAGUCAGAGAGGAUCAUAGUCAGUGGUCGGAUGAUAUUUGUGUUGACCAACUGCAUUUAAGCGCCUUUCUGCUUACCUAGUUUUAACGAAAAUGGACUCAGAUUCCAUGGCGGAGCAAUGUGUUUUCUUGACUUACUCCCCUUUGGAGCUGCUGAUUGAGUCUUGAGUGGCCACCGGGAGUUGGCCUGUGUUGGUCUUGAUGCACAUGCUCCUGCCUGGACUGUUGUGAGAGGUGGGAACACCUCCUUCCAUGCUGCGGUCCAGAUGAGAGCAAGGGCCCUGGAGAAAGACCUCUGAGGAUGUGGGUGGGGACAGUGGGCAGUUAGAGAGAGCCCAGAGGAAGUGACGUCCACAUAGUGCCCUCUGACACAGAAAACGGGGCUCUGAAUGAAUAGUGGGGUUGGGGUUCAUUUGGGUUUAGCAGUUUGCAUCACAAACUUUUGCACGCUUUAAAAAAAAAGUAUAAGGAAGAAAAUUUAAAGUUACCACCCAGAGACAGUUAUUGUUGGGUGUUUUUCCCAGACUUUUAUCUGUAUUUAUUUUGUUUAUUGAGGUAUGGAGAGCUUAUAUGUACAAUUUGUCUCCUGAAUUCUGGGGGUUUUGCAUAAGAAGCGUUUUUCCUGUUUAUCGCGUCUUUGUACAAUCAUCAGUGGCACGACACUCUUUUGCAGGUUAAUUCUCUUUAGCCCUUUUCUGUCACAGCGCAGUGUACAGCACCCGUGGCAGUGGCACGUGUUCAUGGCAUGAGGGCUGCGUAUUUCUCAUUCCUGUGAUCGGUCCCUUAGCACCAUUUACCCCUUGGCUACAACUUGCUGGCUUAGCUCUGCAGUGCGGGCACAUCCCACGGGGCCCCGCUUGUCCGAGCUCCUAGCUCCAGCCACCGGUAGACCACCCACCUCUUCCUCACUGUUCUGUCUCUGUUAUAGGUUGUGUGUUUGACACCAGCAGAGAAAACACGGGACCCAAGUUUUAUUGCCUGGACUUUCACUUUAGUGACCUUUGUCAUCAG